AUGUCUCACCCCUGCCUCACCCUGUCUCACCCCUGUCUCACUCUCUGUCUCACCCAUGUCUCACCCCUGCCUCACCCUCUGUCUCACCCCUGCCUCACCCUCUGUCUCACCCCUGCCUCACCCUCUGUCUCACCCCUGCCUCACUCCUGUCUCACCCCUGCCUCACUCUCUGUCUCAUCCCUGCCUCACCCUCUGUCUCACCCCUGCCUCACUCUCUGUCUCACCCCUGUCUCACUCUCUGUCUCGCCCAUGUCUCACCCUCUGUCUCACCCCUGCCUCACUCUCUGUCUCACCCCUGCCUCACCCUCUGUCUCACCCCUGCCUCACUCUCUGUCUCACCCCUGUCUCACUCUCUGUCUCACCCAUGUCUCACCCCUGCCUCACCCUUUGUCUCACCCCUGCCUCACUCUCUGUCUCACCCAUGUCUCACCCCUGCCUCACCCUCUGUCUCACCCCUGCCUCACCCUCUGUCUCACCCCUGCCUCACCCUCUGUCUCACCCCUGCCUCACUCCUGUCUCACCCCUGCCUCACUCUCUGUCUCAUCCCUGCCUCACCCUCUGUCUCACCCCUGCCUCACUCUCUGUCUCACCCCUGUCUCACCCUCUGUCUCACCCCUGCCUCACCCUCUGUCUCACCCCUGUCUCACCCUCUGUCUCACCCCUGUCUCACCCUCUGUCUCACCCCUGCCUCACCCUCUGUCUCACCCCUGCCUCACUCUCUGUCUCACCCCUGUGUGUACACACACAUGGUACACACACUUUACACUUGCAUGGUAA